UAUAACUGCAUUAUGUAUCUUAUUACAAAUUUCUAUACUACACGUGGAAAAAAGAUAAGAUUGCUAUUGUAUAUUUGAAUAUUAGUGGCGGAGUAGCGGAGUGGAAAUGCUGUAUCGUCAGCAUCCAAAAAGCCAGAUUUGCACAUACGCCUUACGGAGCACCAACCUCACCCGGUUUAGCCGGUGGGAAUGACUGUGGCCAUAGUAACGGUCAAUGACGUUUACCAUAGAAGAUUCCAGAAUUUUUACCAAAAGUCUGAUGGCGAUUGGCACUAUUGAAGAAUUUCUGGAGGAAUCUGGGGAAGCCAUUGGGGAUUUAAAGAGAUAUUUCCGUAAUAACCCAAAAGGGCGAUUGGGUACUGAGGAACAUAUUAGAUUUAUUACAGAUAAAUUUAUUACCUUAGUGAAGAGUGCCAAAGAGGUAAUUAGGAAAAAUUCCAUAUCAGAUUUCCUGCUUCAGAAAUUUGAUUUGUUGGCAACGAAAGAUGUCAAACAGCUGCUUAUUGUUCAAAGUGACAAAAAUUUAGAGGCUAUUCAGGAAGUAAAACAGACUAUUUGUGACUUGGAGAAACCUCCACUUUUAGGGGCAGAAGGUUCUCAAGGGACUACUGCUCUGACAUAUAGAAAUAUUUUACAAUGCGAUCUUAAUUCUUUGAAGAAUACACAGUCUGAAAAGAAGUCCUCGUUACCAAUGUAUACUGUUCUAGUUUACAAUGAUAAUAGAGAGCACAUCGGAAGAGACUAAGACACUGCUCACUAAUUCUUUUGAUCAAAGAUUGCAUAAGGUGCCUACCAAACAUAUUCGUAAGAUUAACAAGGGUGGAAUUGCUGUUGAUUUUCCUAUCAGAGAGGAGGCUGAAUACUUUCAGGAACAAUUAGACAAAAUAGAAAGAUUAAAGGGACGAAACGCAAGACGGCA